CUUCCAUGUUGAUUUUUCACAACUAGUCAAAACUCAAUUUUUGUACUGUUUUCCCUAGGCUUCGGUAUAUGAGUGUCGAAACCUGUUUUGUAUAAUUGUGGGUCAAAAUAUAUUUUCAGUAACUUUUGAAGAUUUAGUUAACUUUUAGUGGAUUUAAUGUGAAAGAGAUAUAGUUGGGUUCGUACGUGUCUAUUACGAAUGUCCAAAGCAAUUUAACUCUUAAUAAUAUACGUUUGCAACUCAAAUGUUUCGCAUACAUCUUAUAUACAUGUGUUUGUAUAUGUAACGUAAAUAUAUCUUCUUUUUUUGUUUAUUAUUAAUUAUAUGUAUAUUUUCAAUGAAUAAUAACCAAAUUCUGUGAUAAGUACGAUGUCAACGUCAAAGUCACCUGUAAAUCCCGACGAUCAUGAAUUCGUUGUCCCGAAAAAGUCGAUUAAAGUACCAUCUGAUAUGGUAGUUUGGGAAAAAUCAGAAGCAUAUUUUGAAUACUUGGGAUUUAUAUUGGCCUUAAAUGAAUCGGUUCAGGGAAAAGCUUUAAAUGCUGAAUACACACAAAGUCCUACAAUAGCCAAUAUUGUUCAAAUGCUUAAUGAAUUUGAUGAAUGGAUAACACAGAUACCUCCCACUGAGCAGCCCCAACGUUUUGGUAACAAAUCGUUUAGAGAAUGGCAUGAAAGAUUACAACAGAAUGGAGUAGCAGAAUUACAAAAAGUGUUGCCAGAAAAAUUACAUAGAGCAGUUCCAGAAAUAGUCCAGUAUUUAUAUGAAGGCUUUGGAAAUCCAACGCGUAUAGAUUAUGGUACAGGACAUGAAAUGGCAUUUUUAAUGUUUUUAUGUUGUAUGUUCAAAAUUGGUGCUUUCACACAGGAUGAUAAAGUAGCUGUAGUUGUAAAAAUAUUUAACAGAUAUCUGGAAUUAGUGCGUAGAUUACAAUUAACUUAUCGGAUGGAACCAGCAGGUAGUCAUGGUGUAUGGAGCUUAGAUGACUAUCAAUUUGUUCCAUUUAUAUGGGGAAGUGCUCAAUUAAUUGGACAUCCUCGUAUAGAACCUCGUCACUUUGUUGAACCAGAUAUUAUUCAAGCUUUUAACAAACAAUAUAUGUUUCUUGGUUGUAUUGAAUUUAUUUCAAAAGUAAAGAUAGGUCCAUUUGCUGAACAUUCAAAUCAGUUAUGGAAUGUUAGUGCAGUAUCUUCUUGGGUCAAAGUAAAUAAUGGUCUUAUUAAAAUGUACAGAGCUGAGGUUUUAGCAAAAUUUCCUGUUAUACAACACGUUUUAUUUGGUUCUUUAUUAUCGAUAAAACCGGCGUCUGUUCCACCUGUUAAAAGGGGACCUCGUCGAGAUCAACCAUUGCAACCACCACCGACUCAGUAAUGGUAUUGUACAAAUAUGCUUCAUAUCUGUUGAUGUAGUUUGUAACAAAUAUCCGAUAUUUAUAAUGAAACUAUGUUGCAAUUGUAUGCUAAAUUUCAAGAUAUAUGACACAAUUAAUUGUAUUACGUUGCUUUUAUGCUGCACCAAUUUUUCCAUUGUUAAAUCGUAAAAUAUAUGUGUUUUAUAUAUAAA